UUUUUAGCUUGCAUGUAGAAUUCUUCAAAUCAUGUCAAUAUAAAGUUUGAUGUCUAGAUUAACUUCGACAGGUUCAUGAUUCAACAUGGCUGACAUGAUAUCGGGUACACCAAUACAACACAGCACUUGUCAUGUUAAACCAUAGCCAAGGGCUUCAUGUAAUUGCUUUUUACGAAAUCACAGAUUUAUUUCUUCAUUUUGCAAGAUGAAAUUGACUUUUUUGUUUCUUUUGUCAAAUGUUUCUAUUUGUUUAGCAUAUUCGACGGGAGCUCCAAAAUCUAAAACCGUUUGUAGCAGACGACAGCCUCAUCAUGGAGUUCAGCCACAAAUUACCAGUAGUCCAUACGUUAUCUUAGUGAAUUCAACGUUUCCCGGAUAUGGUGACCUAAUAGAAGUUACAGUCAAAGCCAAUGAAAACGCUAGGUUUAGAGGCUUUCUAAUACAAGCUUUGCCAGAAAAUGACAAGUUUGCUCCUAAACAAACCAAACCGAUUGGAGCAUUUUCAAAUGGCGGGAAGUUGAUAAACUGCUUCCAAGACAAUGACACGGUCACGCAUACAAAUAAUCAAGAUAAAUCGUCAAUAACACUGCUCUUCAAAAUGUCAGCAACAGAAGUCUACAAGAAUUUCUCCUUCCGUGCUACAAUUGUAAAGGAUUUUAGGACAUUUUGGACAGAUGUGGCAUCAGCACCUAUUUCAACUCCUGAUGCUGGUCCAUCGCCAUCAGAAGAUUGGACAAGAACCGUAAUAAAAACAGCAGAAAGUAUCAGUAAAGGAAAGUCCGAAUGGGAUCGAAAUAUUGAAGAACGCUUAAACCUAGGGUAUUCUAAAAUGUUUAAUUCCCUAGGACAACUGAAAACCAGAAACAUUUUUAGUAAUCUGCCAUUCACUAAUAGAAACAACAAUGACAUUAAAGAAAGUGAUACAAAUUCGUUGUAUGAAAGUGAUAAAAAGCUUAACGAAUUGUCAACUGAUUUGCUGACUAAAGAACUGUUACAAGGAGACGUAAAUUCUGCUGUAAUCUUAGCAAAGAAGCUAGACAUUUCUUUUUCAGAUCCAAACAAACAAAUGUUAUAACGAUAUUAUAUUUAAUGUUGUAUAUAUAUGAUUAUAGAUAAACAGUUCGGAGUGUCUUUAUUGUGCAAUGUGCAAUAUGAUGAUAUUUCUAUAAUGAAUAAGAAUUUUUUAUGUACUAUUC